AUGUCAGAUUGGCAAUCGGACCGGCUGCCGCCACUUUCCGGUCAGAAAAGUGAGCCGGUCGGUGUCACAAUCUGGGCUAGCACAGGCUCACUAAGAGCCGGGAUUGUGACUCGGGCCGCGUCGCGCUGCCUGAGGGUCAGUGUGCAUCGAGGUCUCCGCUAUCGCCCACCAGAUAUGCCGGCCCGGGCCGCUUCCGAAUCCACUCAUCAUAGGCCUUCAGCAUCGAUUUGUCACGUAUUACCGGUCCGCUUCCGAAUCAAUCAGAAUGCACCGGACGGGUCGGUCCGAGAGGUACUGCCACCAUUUGCGCUCGAAUGUGCACCCGAUGAUCAUUCGCACGCAGGCUCCACCAGGCCAAUGACGUCGGGAUUCGGGAAAGAAGUCUGGCCGAUGGGCGGGGCCCGCGACCGGCGCGUGAAUACAGCAGCCUGCACAUGGCUUUUGUCGGUCAAGAACAAAGUCCUAGUUGAUACUCGACCUUCCUCAUCGGCAAAAGGGACCUUGCUCGACAAGCCACGAGACAUUGUUGACCAGACCGAGAGCGAACGUUCUUCACACGGAUGGAGCUGUGUGCGUCUCGCCACCCUCAUUUGUCUGCAAUACACAGAGAGAUUACCAUCUCAUACACCCAUGCCUGACAACACCAAGGGGAAAGGAAGAUCCAACAAGGGCAUGGUCACGCCUGGCCGGACUCUUGUCACUCUUGCCGGGCAAGGUCGUCCAAGUUAG